AUGGCGAAAUAUAGAGCAAAGAUUGAAUGGGAACAGGUAGCUGAUAAAGAAGAGGUGAAAAGGCUAGUUGUUGUUUUGAGAGAGUAUGAGACGGCUUCAGGUCAAGCAAUUAAUUUGGAAAAGUCGGCUACUUUCUUUAGCAAGAACACAGAUGAGCAGUUGCGGAUGGAGCUACGUGAUCUUUUAGGGAUUGUUCGAGAAGGUGUGCAAGAGAGAUAUUUGGGUUUACCGUCAGUUGUGGGUCGUUCAAAGAAGGAAGUUUUCAGCUAUAUAGAAAGAAGAGUGUCAGACAACAUUCAAAGUUGGAAAGGGAAAUUGCUAUCUGCAGGAGGUAAAGAGAUUUCAAAAUUUUGGUGGGCGGAUUCAAAUGGAAAGGAUAAGACUCAUUGGAUUAAUUGGAAGCAGUUAACAAAGGUAAAGGCAAAUGGGGGAUUGGGAUUUCGCGAUAUACAUGCUUUUAACUUAGCUUUCUUGGCAAAACAUGGGUGGUGA